AUGGGGUUGCGACGGCUUGUUGCGACUCUUGGUGCAAAAUCCACCACCAAAAAGGUGAAUCGCAAGGCCAUUCUCGAUGUCGAUGUUCCCAAGGCGUGUGAAACAAUCAUACGCCCCGAGGCCCCAAUGGCCUUGAGGCUACAGGGCAACUUACUAUAUGGUGUUUCGAGGGUGUAUAAUCAGCAAUGCGGAUACGCGCUUAUAGACGCGCAAACAAUGAGGGAUAAGAUGAGAGCGAUGUUGAAAGAAAUACGUUCCUCAGGAUUGGAUCCUGAUGCUGGGAAGGCAAAGCCGGACCAGCUAAUUAUCCCAGACGACCCUUCCUUCAUCCCUUUUCUAAUGCUCCCAGGGCUAAACGUGGAUUUGUCUGCUCUCGAUAUUACCUCGAACAUCGGAUCCCCUCGCAAGUCCAGUUUGCUAUCAAGCAAAAUUUCUGAGUCAAACAAGUCUAGCCACUUUUCAGAUGGUCAACUUCAUUUGAACAUCUCCUCGUCAGAUAUAAGCGGCCUUGGUGCAGGUGCCUUUGGAUUACCAAGUGACAUAGGCAGUAUAGGUACGAAGGAAAACGAGUUUGAGCUGCCCGCAGUCUUCGCAGAAGAGACUGGUGUUUUGCUCCAACCAGAUUUCGAAUUUGACGGUGAGGGAAAUAUAAUUGAACUACCAGUGAGGCAAACUACGCAGAAAAAACCUACAGGGCUCUCUGCGAGAAGUGAGACUAGAACGAAUACUAGAGUGAGGCCAGAGGUUGAGGAAGAUUUCCAAACUCUUCAAGAUCAGUUUGAGGACCAGAUGGUUCUUCACAAUGAUGUGGAAAUGAGGUAUGCAGGGAAUGAUAAUCUGCGCUCUGGAGACCCUGAUUCAGGAUUUGAUUCCGCAGCAGAUCCUAGCUACGAACCAGUGAUUGGGGUAUCGCCCGAAGCUGCUGAAGUACAGCAACGCCUAAGGAAAAGAAGAAACAAAAUUCUGGGAUUUGACGAUCCUCCAGAACUGAAGAAUUCAGAUCUCGCCCAGUGGAACUCUGAGUACGCGCGUAACAUGGCUCUUGCAGCAAAGCUCAAACAGAACAAUAAAAUCAAUACACUGGCAAAGAGAAAUGCUGGGCUCUGGGUAAUGGGUGAAAGAUUUGGUUCUGUUGACUUCGGUUUCGGUGUUUCCGACUUCAAACAUCCACUGGGCAUAUUCUCAGGAGAGCAGAUGUUGGCCACUUUGACUGGAAACAAGAAUCGCACAAGUCGUAAACGUAGCCGUGAAGACGUUGGUGGCAAUGAUUCCGAAUACGAGGUUAGGAGUGUGCGUAUGAGAGAAGACGAAGAUAAUGAAAUCGGCCGCGGAGGCGUCAUUGAGCAUGACGAUGGCUAUGGCAUCGGGUUUGAUCUCCAAGACAUUGAAGUAGGCCGUCACGCACCCGUGCCUCUCUACGAUGAUGGCUCUUCACAUAUGCCAUGGAAUAUUACCGCUUCCAUCAGAGGUUCCCAGCCAGGUUCCUCCGUUCACUCUCGCCAAUUCCUCCUCAGUGUAGGUGGGUUCUCCAGCAUUGGUGGUCCUCGUUCCAUUGCCAGUGGUGGGGUUCCAGAUGGGAGCGCCGUUGGUGGGUCUUCUGCAGUGUUUGGAAGACGCAUGGGGCGCAUAACGAGCGCCAGUCCCCUCGCCGGCCGUGGAAUAGCCAGACCAGGCAUGAGCGAUAUUCCAAUAUCAGACGAUGAGGAGUUCGAUUUGUCUAAUCUAGACAGCAAUCUGGUUCUUGAUCAUUCCGUAGUUGAGGAAGGUGGUGGUAGCCCUCUUGGUCUUCGAAGGAGCCAACAUCACGGUUCUUUUGAUACGCAAAUGGCAGCUGAGACUCAGUGGCCUGCUGCUACUCUGGAUCAGGAGAGUGUGAAUUUCCUAGACUUUGUCAGAACCAAGAUUAUGGAAGAAAGUGAGAGAGUGAAGGCAGAUACUGUCAUUGCUGCCGCGGAUGGGGACCCUGAUGAUGCAGAUGUGGUUGAGAUUACAUUUUCCUCCUUACUUCCACCGACAGACAACAGUCACGUCAUCGCUACACAGGCAUUCCUUCAUACUCUCAUGCUGGCUACGAGGGGCGCAUUGUGCGUACGACAGGAAGAUGGCAUCCGCUAUCCGGAUAGGCAAGAUGAGUUUGGAGAAAUUUCCAUGUGGUUGGUGUGA